AUGGCUGCACUUCCCAAAAGAAUUCUUAAAGAAACUGAACGAUUAGUCAGUGAUCCAGUACCCGGUAUAACAGCAGUCCCAUCACAAGAUAAUCUUCGACACUUUAACGUUACUAUUGAUGGACCAAGUCAAUCACCAUAUGCUAAUGGUAUAUUCCAAUUGGAAUUAUAUUUACCUGAUGAUUAUCCCAUGUGUGCACCAAAAGUUCGUUUUUUAACCAAGAUUUAUCAUCCAAACAUUGAUAAAUUGGGUCGUAUUUGUCUUGAUGUUUUGAAGGAUAACUGGUCACCUGCAUUACAGAUUAGAACCAUUUUGUUGAGUAUACAAGCAUUGUUGGGUGCUCCUAAUCCUGAUGAUCCUUUGGCUAAUGAUGUGGCUGAGGAUUGGAAAAAGGAUGAGAAACAAGCCAUUAAAGUGGCACAAGAGUGGACAGAAAAGUAUGCAUUGAAAAAGGAGUAG